AUGCCGUUCACUCAUAGUGUUAAUUUAGGAGCUCCCAGCUCAUUUUCCGAGGUAGAUAUGUUUUUGCAGUCGUUGACUAGCGAGGAAAGUAGUGAUGCUGACAGUUAUGACUUCUUUUCUCCUGAAUCGCAACAGAUGCGUCAGAGUUUCCAAAGUACAGGUACAAAUGGCAAUGGUAAUAUAAAUAUAAAUGGAAAUGGCUACGUGAACGGUCGUUCGCAGAUGGAUUCAGUUCCUCAAGGUGCGUUUAAUCCGCAGUAUUUGAAUGCUGGUAUGAAAGCUAGAGAUUCAGAUGAUGUUUCUCCUUCUUCCGUUGGUGUGUCGGGUAUGGCUUCCGUUUCCAUUGGACAAGUACCCCAGGAUGUCAGAUCUAUGAGAAGUUCAAAUGGGAUUUCCAGUCUUGGGACUUCUCCCCAUGGUUACAAUGAACAGACUUUCAUUCCUCAGUCGCUGCCACUGGACCAGGUGAAUUCUGCGUCCUUUGGAUCUACUUCUUCUUCAGACCACUAUAAUAACAACAGUCCGUUCGAUUUGAGUGACACAGAACUAAAACCUUCCAUUACAAAUGAUACAGACCUGGUGCCCCAUGUGAUGAUUAAAUCCGAGAGCGAUAGUUGGGGCGAAUACAAUGGCCGUAACGGUGGUGUUAAUGCUCCGAAUAGAAAUGAGGCUAAAUCUGGUUACUUGGUCGUUGAUAAUAAGCUCGGUCCAAUUAAUUUGACCAGUGCCGCUAUAUCCGGUGCAGCAGCGGCAGCAGCCGCCGCUGCUGCCACUACUACCAACCGUCCUGGUUCUACUUUCACUGGUAAUGUUGGUAGUUCAAGUUCGUCUUCCGAUAUAAUGAUGAGAGGAGAUAUGGGAUUACAACCAUCGUCUUCGCCAGCAGAAUCAAACGACUCCAGAUCCAGCCACGGCACCAUUGGUGUUGGUUCAUAUGGUAAUGGUACUAGUGCCAAUGGGAAAGUAGGUAAACCAAAGAAGGAAAGGACUUCUCACAACGUUAUUGAGAAGAAGUACCGUACCAAUAUCAACAACAAGAUUGUUCAGUUGAAGGAAAUCAUUCCCUCGCUUUGUGUUACCAUGAAGAGAGAAGAGGGUAUCCCAGUGACUGAACUCGACCAUCUAAGAUUGGACGGUUUACAACCUGCAAAGAAAUUGAACAAGGCUUCUAUCUUAGUGAAGACUAUCGAAUAUAUCCAACAUUUGGAAAAUCACGUCGAAAGGUUGAAACUAGAAAAUGAACAGUUGAAACAAGGUCAAACUUUCUCUACACCUUUGUCCGUACGCAACAAUUCCACUUCAGAAUCCUCAAACGGUCACCAAUCCUCUUCCGAUACCACACCUCAUUAUCAUUCUGGAGCCAACGUUUCCAACGCUUAUCCAACAGAUGUCAACGCAUCCAGUUCUUUCAGGAACAAGAUGUUAUUAGAUGGAUUGGCUAUGACUAUGGGUGCUAACUGUUUCAAUGGUGAUUCAAGCGAUUUCCAAACUGUAAGAGGUCUAAUGGCUAUGCCAGUGUUCCACUAUUCCCCAAUGAAUGGCUUCACUGUCAGUAACAGUAACGGUAAUAUCAACGUCUUCUCUUCAUUCCUAUCGCUCUUCAGAUUAGGUGCCUUCUUUUUCAUCAUCUUUUAUUUGGUCACUCAAUUGAUCAGCGAAAAGCAAUCAAGCAAGCCACAAGCUAAUGUUGCUGACUUUGUUGUUGACUACGCGGAUUCUUUGAAAUUCAAUUCUAACUCCAAUAUCGUCGAAACUUUGAAGAAAACUCUGUUCAUCAAUAAGUUGAAAUACCCAGAAAACUCGAUGGAAAGACUUGAAAACGAAAUCAUGAAAUGUUUCGCUAUCAAGCUUUGGAAAUCUCCAUUUAAGAUCCUUGUUUCAAAUCAAGUCGAAAAAACAUGGAGUUCCUUGACUAAGAAGGUAAACGAUAUUAACGAAAAAUCAAAAGAUGGUAUUGAUAACCAAGACUGGAAGGCAAUCACUAACAUUUUGGAGGCCAGCAUCGAAGAAACUUUAGGAAAUGAAACGUUGUUGUCGAAGUUGACAGAGAGUAAGGAUGGAUUCAAUCUAUCCAGCUUUGUUCAAUUUGUAAACAGCUCUAUCAUUAAUCAAAAGGUCGAAUCUGUGAUCAAUGAUGUCUUCCUAGUUUCUUGCGAAGAUGAUGAAUCUGCCGUAUCUCAAAUUGAUGACAUUUUUAAGGACUCCGUAAAGGGCAACAAAGAAUUUGAAUCUUUAGGAUUGACGCCAAUACUCGACUGUAUUUUCCAUCCAUCGAAUAAUCAUAUCAAAGAGCUCACUGACAAACUAAAAGUAGAAAAAUCAUCUCUAGAUGCUGAUUCUAAAAAUGAUAUCGUCAGAAUUCUACAUUCCUGCAUAAUUUCCUCAUUAAUCUCAGAGAAAAAAUUCUACGAAGUGUCAUAUUGGGUUAACAGAAUCCCUCUAUCAUUGCUUGAUGAGAAUCUAUCGAUAUUAUCUGUGUUCUCCCUGUACAUCGCUAUCAAGAAAGUACUGGAUAAUCAUGAAAACAUCGAGGACAUCAGUAAGAUCAGUGCCAAACUCGAAUACAUCAGUGGUAAGCUAAGGAUCUGGAUUGGUUCCAACUCCGGAAAUACCCUACAGCUUGACACUAGAGGAAAAUUGGUCGACUUCUUUGUAGAUAGUGCAUUGAAGUUCAACUCACUUGUCGGUAGUGACGAUGAAGAAGACGAGGACCAUGAUGAUGACGAAUAUGACUUAGAUGAUGAGGAAGAUGGCGACUUGUUUGACGAUGACGAUAACGAAGACCUUGAAACUGAUCAAACAGAAUUAGGUGGUAAACUGAAUUGA